AUGGGCUUGAGCUGUGGAGCUCGGGUCCUAAAGUUUUGCUUAUUCGUCUUUAACCUUCUGUUUUUGGUAAGUUUCAAUCUAUAAAUCUCCCCAACCUCUACCGCAAGAAAAUGUCAAAAGUGCGACGCUCAGAUCUUCUUUAAAUUUUGAAGGCGCACAUAUGCCCCCUGUAUCAAUUACUGAAAGUUUUUGUUCGUGUUUUUCAGGGGCGGCUGAGAUCUUCAACGGCCUUUUCCGACGAGAGAGUUCGUCUUGGAGUGGAAAAUUUUUAUUGUAGAGUAAAAAUUUUGCCACCUACGGUACUAGUCGGGACAAAAAGUCCUGAUAAUUUUGCACCGUGCGGAUUUUGCGCGGUUUUUGUCGCACUCUGAAAAAAACGAUUUGUCGCUCCGAAAAGUGGGAAUCGCGCGCGACGUAAGGCAAAAACAAACAAAAAUGCACUGUGCAAAUGCACUUUUCGGGUGCAAAACACUUUUUUUCGCGAUUUUCGCAGCGACAACCCAAAACGUUCAAAUCCGCACGGUGCAAAAUUAUCAGGACUUUUUGUCCCGACUACUACUAGUCCAGCAAAAAAGUCCGCGGAAUGGCUGCACUGUGCUGUUCGCGCAUGCACUGUGCAUUUUUCGGCGCGCACAGUGCAAAUUAUAGGGUGCGCGCGACGGAAUUGGGGGCACAGUGCGAAAAGACGUUUCAAAGUCAUUGCACAGUGCAAAAAGUCCCCUUUUUUUGGGUUUGCACGGUGCGCUCGGUUUUGGCCGGAUUUCGGCGACGGCGCACGGUGCGGUUGGCUCCCCGGUUGGACGCACAGUGCGGACUUCAAAUUACGCUUAGGAGGUUAAUAACUGCAGUAAAUUAGGACAUUGCUCGACUAAAAUGCAUGAUAAUUAUAAAAUGAUGACUGUAGAAAGGAUUGUGUAUUCAGUGGCGUUUUCUAGGGUUGUUUUACACCAAAAAUGUUGUCAUACAAUAAUUUUUGCACUUUCUGAGUGCAUUUUUUGCGAAAAAAAGACCAUUUUUUGACUCUACAAAGGUGUUGACAACUUUAUUGACUCAAUAAUAUAUUUUGAGUCUUUCAAGUGUAAAUUUACUAUCAUUAAUUCAAGAUUACACAGUAAAAAGCUCAAUAUCCGGAGCGCCGCACAGUGCAAACCGAAGGAAACUUUGGGCUGCACUGUGCGCACAUGUGCUUUUUUCCCCCAAAAUCAUUCCGCACUGUGCAAUCAAGUCAAAAAACGAACGAUUUCCCAAGCGGCAACCCCAAUUUCGGCGACAUGUCGCAAGAAAUUUCGAUUUUCCCUCGAAAAUCGCUGCGAUUUCCAAGGCGAAACAGAAAUCCAACUUGCACUGUGCGAAAAGCCCAGAAAUGGCCGCACAGUGCCGAUUUUGGCAUUUGCACUGUGCAAAAUCCAAAUGCACAGUGCGAAAAGUCAAUCGCGGGGUCUGCACUGUUCUGAUUCGGAACUGCACUGUGCGGGGUGCGAAAUCCAUUCCGCGGACUUUUUUGCUGGACUAGUACUAGUCGCGCCAUAAAGUCCUGACACAUUUUGCACCGUGCGAAAGUUCGGGGUUUGGACGUCGCGCCCCCAAAUUCGGGUUUGUCGCGCGCGAAAGUGCACGUCGCUAGUGCAAAAACGGGAAAUCGCGGCGAGAAAUGCGAAAAGAUGCGCCGUGCGGAUGAAAAUGAAAGAGAAAGCACGGUGCGAAAGUGCAUGUCGCUAGUGCAAAAAUGGAAAAUCGCGGCGACAAAUGCAAAAAGAUGCACCGUGCGGAUGAAAUGAAAGAAGAAUGCGCGGUGCGACGUCCAAACCCCGAACUUUCGCACGGUGCAAAAUGUGUCAGGACUUUAUGUCGCGACUAGUACUAGUCGGGACAAAAAGUCCUGAUAAUUUUGCACCGUGCGGAUUUGAACGUUUUGGGUUGUCGCUGCGAAAAUCGCAAAAAAAGUGUUUUGCACGGUGCAUUUGACCCGAAAAGUGCACUUGCACAGUGCAUUUUUGUUUGUUUUUGCCUUACGUCGCGCGCGAUUCCCCAUUUUUCGGAGCGACAAAUCGUUUUUUCAGAGUGCGACAAAAACCGCGCAAAAUCCGCACGGUGCAAAAUUAUCAGGACUUUUUGUCCCGACUAGUACUGUCCAGCAAAAAAGUCCGCGGAAUGGAUUUCGCACCCCGCACCGUGCAGUUUCGAAUCAGAACAGUGCAUUCCCUGCGAUUGAUUUUUCGCACGGUGCAUUUGGAUUUUGCACAGUGCAAAUGCCAAAAUCGGCACUGUGCGGCGAUUUUUGGGCUUUUCGCACAGUGCAAGUUGGAUUUCCGUUUCGCCUUGGAAAUCGCAGCGAUUUUUGAAGGAAAAUCGAAAUUUCUUGCGACAUGUCGCCGAAAUCGGGGCUGCCGCUUGGGAAAUCGUUCGUUUUUUGACCUGAUUGCACAGUGCGGAAUGAUUUUGGGGGGAAAAAAGCACAUGUGCGCACAGUGCAGCCCAAAGUUUCCUUCGGUUUGCACUGUGCGGCGCUCCUGAGAUUGAGCUUUUUACUGUGUAAUCUUGAAUUAAUGAUAGUAAAUUUACACUUGAAAGACUCAAAAUAUAUUAUUGAGUCAAUAAAGUUGUCAACACCUUUGUAGAGACAAAAAAUGGACUUUUUUCGCAAAAAAUGCACACAGAAAGUGCAAAAAUUAUUGUAUGACAACAUUUUUGGUGUAAAACAACCUUAGAAAACGCCACUGAAUACACAAUCCUUUCUACAGUCAUCAUUUUAUAAUUAUCAUGCAUUUUAGUCGAGCAAUGUCCGAAUUUACUGCAGUUAUUGACCCCCUAAGCGUAAUUUGAAGUCCGCACUGUGCAUCCAACCGGGGAGCCAACCGCACCGUGCGCCGUCGCCGAAAUCCGGCCGAAACCGAGCGCACCGUGCAAACCCAAAAAAAGGGGACUUUUUGCACUGUGCAAUGACUUUGAAACGUCUUUUCGCACUGUGCCCCCAAUUCCGUCGCGCGCACCCUAUAAUUUGCACUGUGCGCGCCGAAAAAUGCACAGUGCAUGCGCGAACAGCACAGUGCAGCCAUUCCGCGGACUUUUUUGCUGGACUAGUACUAGUCCUUCCGUAAAGUCGCUGGAAUGAUUUCGGCGACGUGCACUGUGCGAAAAAACUCAGGGUGCGAGCGACAGCUCGAAAAAGCCUAUUGCACUGUGCAAACAGCCAAAAAUUGCACAGUGCAAAGUGAACUUUCGGUUUCGCGGGGUGCAUGUCGCCGAAAUCAUUCCAGCGACUUUACGAACGGACUAGUACUGUCCAGCAAAAAAGUCCGCGGAAUGGCUGCACUGUGCUGUUCGCGCAUGCACUGUGCAUUUUUCGGCGCGCACAGUGCAAAUUAUAGGGUGCGCGCGACGGAAUUGGGGGCACAGUGCGAAAAGACGUUUCAAAGUCAUUGCACAGUGCAAAAAGUCCCCUUUUUUUGGGUUUGCACGGUGCGCUCGGUUUCGGCCGGAUUUCGGCGACGGCGCACGGUGCGGUUGGCUCCCCGGUUGGAUGCACAGUGCGGACUUCAAAUUACGCUUAGGGGGUCAAUAACUGCAGUAAAUUCGGACAUUGCUCGACUAAAAUGCAUGAUAAUUAUAAAAUGAUGACUGUAGAAAGGAUUGUGUAUUCAGUGGCGUUUUCUAAGGUUGUUUUACACCAAAAAUGUUGUCAUACAAUAAUUUUUGCACUUUCUGUGUGCAUUUUUUGCGAAAAAAGUCCAUUUUUUGUCUCUACAAAGGUGUUGACAACUUUAUUGACUCAAUAAUAUAUUUUGAGACUUUCAAGUGUAAAUUUACUAUCAUUAAUUCAAGAUUACACAGUAAAAAGCUCAAUCUCCGGAGCUCCGCACAGUGCAAACCGAAGGAAACUUUGGGCUGCACUGUGCGCACAUGUGCUUUUUCCCCCCAAAAUCAUUCCGCACUGUGCAAUCAGGUCAAAAAAACGAACGAUUUCCCAAGCGGCAGCCCCAAUUUCGGCGACAUGUCGCAAGAAAUUUCGAUUUUCCCUCGAAAAUCGCUGCGAUUUCCAAGGCGAAACAGAAAUCCAACUUGCACUGUGCGAAAAGCCCAGAAAUGGCCGCACAGUGCCGAUUUUGGCAUUUGCACUGUGCAAAAUCCAAAUGCACAGUGCGAAAAGUCAAUCGCGGGGUCUGCACUGUUCUGAUUCGGAACUGCACUGUGCGGGGUGCGAAAUCCAUUCCGCGGACUUUUUUGCUGGACUAGUAUCAGUCUGGCCGAAAAAGAACCGGCCUCCCCGAACCCUUCCGUCGCACUCACUCCAAACCCCAAUUUGCAUCGCGGUGAAAUUUGGAGGGCGUCGCCGAAAGAAAGAGCAAAAACAACGCAUCGCCAGCGAUAAAAGUGGGUUUUGCACAGUGCAAAUGCCCUUUUUCUGCUGUUUCGCACUGUGCAAUCAACAAAAUUCCCACAAAUUCAGCGAUCUUUCGAUGUCGCGCGCACUUUUGCGAUGCAUCGCAAAAACAUUCAAUUUCGAGGUUGCGAUUUCGAGGCGCGAGGGGGGCCGGAAUCCUUCGAUUGCGACCCCGCUCGAUUGCGACCUCGCAUCGAUUGCGACCCCGCAUCGAUUGCGACCCAAAAUGGGGUAAAGCGACCCCGGGAUGAAAAUUCCUUGAUUCUCUUUGGGAAAAACUUGCUUUAGGGGUUUUCGAGGGUGCUGAUUUCGAAAAUGAUGUUCAUUUUUCCUCUAGUACUACAUAGUACUGUCUGAUACUAUAUAGUACGAAGUCAAAAUAUCGCUUUUGACGUUAAUGGUGUUGUUUUGAUGCUUAGUGCUCUUCAAAAACACGUUUUAAUCACUUGGUGCUAUAUAGUACUAUCUGAUACUAUGUAGUACGAGGUGUAAAGUUGGCCUUUAGGCGUUAGUGGUGUUGUUCUGGUGCUUAGUACACUUAUUUUUACUUCGUACUAUAUAGUAUCAGACAGUACUAUAUAGCACCAAGUCUUUGAAACGUGUUUUUGAAGAGUACUAAGCAUCAAACCAACACCAUUAACGUCAAAAGCGACAUUUGGCUUCGUACUAUAUAGUAUCAGACAGUACUAUAUAGCACCAAGCCUUUAAAACGUGUUUUUGAAGAGUACUAAGCAUCAAAACAACAGCAUUAACGUCAAAAGCCAUAUUUUGACUUCGUACUAUAUAGUAUCAGACAGUACUAUGUAGUACUAGAGGAAAAAUUAACAUCAUUUUCGAAAUCAGCACCCUCGAAAACCCCUAAAUCGAGUAUUUAACGUCAAAAGCGAUAUUUUCACUUCGUACUAUAUAGUAUCAGACAGUACUAUGUAAUACUAGAGGAAAAAUUAACAUCAUUUUCGAAAUCAGCACCCUCGAAAACCCCUAAAGCAAGUUUUUCCCGAAGAGAAUCAAGGAAUUUUCAUCCCGGGGUCGCUUUACCCCAUUUUGGGUCGCAAUCGAUGCGGGGUCGUAAUCGAUGCUGGGUCGCAAUCGAUGCGGGGUCGCAAUCGAUGGAAUUCAGGGGGGCCGGUUCUUUUUCGGCCAGACUGAUACUAGUCGCGCCAUAAAGUCCUGACACAUUUUGCACCGUGCGAAAGUUCGGGGUUUGGACGUCGCGCCCCAAAAUUCGGGUUUGUCGCACGCGAAAGUGUGCAAAAACGGGAAAUCGCGGCGACAAAUGCGAAAAGAUGCACAGUGCGGAUGAGAUGAAAGAAGAUUGCACGGUGCAAAAUGUGUCAGGACUUUAUGUCGCGACUAGUACUAGUCGCGCCACACGUCAAAGAAAAAGUGAAAAAACAAGGAACCUCGGAUCAUUGAUUUUUUACGAAAUGUCGCUGAAUUAUCGAGUCACAAAGGAAAACUUUCCCAGAGAAUUUCGAGAAAAAUGUUUUUUCGAAGAGGAAAAUAAUUUUUCAAGCUCGAUAAUUCUGUGGCACUUCGCAAAAAAUCAAUGAUCCGAGGUUCCUUGUUUUUUCAAUUUUCUGAAAGAAUUGUUUUGACGUGCGCCAUAAAGUCCUGACACAUUUUGCACCGUGCGAAAGUUCGGGGUUUGGACGUCGCGCCCCCAGAUUCGGGUUCGUCGCGCGCAAAAGUGCAUGUCGCAAGUGAAAAAACCGGGAAAUUGCGGCGACAAAUGCGAAAUGAAAGAAGAAUGCACAGUGCGAAAGUUCGGGUUUGGGAUGUCGCGCCCGCAAAUUCGGGUUUGUCGCGCGCGAAAGUCCACGUCGCAAGUGCAAAAACGGGAAAUCGGGGCGACAAAUGCGAAAAGAUGCACAGUGCGGAUGAAAUGAAAGAAGAAUGCACGGUGCAAAAUGUGUCAGGACUUUAUGUCGCGACUAGUAGUCGUUCCAGAAAGUGCGUGCACUUUUUGUCGUAGGCCGCACUGUGCACAAAAUUCCCCUCUUGCGGGGUGCAUUUGACCUUUUGCACCGUGCAAAUCCAAUAUCGCCGCGACACAAGCUUUUCUCAACGGAGGCGGCGCGAACUUUGGGGAAAUUGCACAGUGCAAAAUGUUUCGAAAAGGAUCGCGUCGCGCGGGGAACACGAAAACUUGCACUGUGCGGUGCAAAAAAGGCGGAAAAAAGUGCACGCACUUUCUGGAACGACUAGUAGUACACAUAAGGCUAAUGCAAGACAUUUCAUACAGGGUGGCCCAAAAUAAUGGAAACUUUUUUCCAUGGGUCCUGCCGCGAAAACCUUGAGGUGCACCAAAUAAUUUUUCCACCGUUAAAUUCUCCGUAUUUUUUAGCCCUAGAUGUUUUAUUUUCAUGCCCAUAUCGCUUGGUUAACAUGUUUUUUAUGAAUGCCAAACAAAGGGACCUCGAUUUCCGGCCUGUUUCGGCAAGAAAAAGGACCGUGUGAGGUUGAUAAAUUGCUCGGUGUAGCAAAAACGGUCAUGCCAAAGGCCACCAAACAACUCAACGGAAUAGUCCGCAAUGAUACGCGUUCGGGAAGUCGAAAAAAGUGCACCUUGAAUGCUUCUGCCAACCUUGAGGUCAUCAAAAAGCGAGUGAAGAAAAAUCUGAUGGUGCCCAUGAAAAAUAUUGCGCGAGAGACCGUUAUCAACAUAACAGCUAUCUGCCAAAUGGCCUAAAAUGUACAACAGCUCAAGCCUUACAGGCUCCAAAAAGUUCAGCGCCCUGCGGAAGACCACAAGUUAGUACGGCUCAAAAGACGUCAAAAACUCAGGCGCCGCGCCGCUGCUCGGCGAUGAGAAGAGAUCCUGUUCAUGGAUGAGACGUAGCUCAACAUUGAGCAGGUCCACAAACACCAGAAUGACAGGAGUUAGACUGUUGAGCGUCAUCAAGCACCCGCCAUCUUCGAACCCUGUCAAAACCUCUUCCGUCAUGGCCUGGGGCAAGAUUUUGCGCCAGAGGCAAGAUAUCCCCGGUUUUCGUGGUUAAAGAUGUCAAAACCUACCGAAACGUCAACCAUCGGUAUUCUGGUGGUAGUGGUGCUUCCGCGGGCUCAGUAGCAAUUUGUGGAUGGAAAAUUAACGUUCUCAUAAGAUUCAGCCCCGGCCGAGAAAGCAAACAGCGCGCGAGGCCAGGAAUCGGCUGAUUUUGCUACGUCUGCAAAAUUGCCGCCUAUUCGCCGGAUCUAGAUCGUACAAACUAAAUUUUUUUUUUCAAUUAGAGGCGAACGCCUGUACUAUACGCCACAAAAGUUUGGGACCGCUAAAUAAUCGCUGAGCCAAGAACGGGACCGAUUUCCCGAAAAAAAGCUGCGGCGUACCGCCCAAAAUUUAAAGUCGCGUUUGGCGCUCUAUAUCGCCGCCAACGGCAGAUAUUUUGAAAAUGGUCGAACAUGUUAUUAACAAUGUUCCAUGUUACUGAUAUGAAUCAUUACUUUGGCUAAAUUUGGGCAGUUAACUGAAAUAUGACUAUAAAUAUGAGUUUCCAUUUUUUUGGGCCACCCUGUACUAAAAAGUGUCAAAUUUUUACCAACUUUUAUACAAAAAAGUCGCAAGUUGCAUCAACAUCUGAGCGUCGCAUUUUGCUAACUCCCGUCUUUAAACUUCUCCAAUCGUCUCCACUAUUUGUAAACAUAACCUUAAUCCUCCUUCAGUUCUGUGGAAUUGCCUGUCUACUGCUGGGAGCAUGGCUGAUUAUGGACAAGUAUGCGUUGGAAAGUUUGGCAUCAGCAGCGCUUAAAGCGCCGGGAAUAAAGGACGACGCGUUGAUGGAUUUGGCGUCCAAGCCAGCGGCUGUAAGGCAAAUCGGUUACGCCUUGCUGGUGGUGGGCUGUGUGGUGCUGAUAGUGGCCUUCUUGGGGUGUUGCGGAGCGGCAAAGGAAUGGAGACCACUUCUGUGUUGUGUAGGUUAUAUUAAUACCCAGAGAUAUGGCAUUAAUUAUUUGAUGGUUACUUUCUGAUUUCAGUACGCCACAUUGCUCAUGGCUAUCCUGGCGAUCGAAAUCACCGCCGCCAUCUAUGCCGCAAUGCAUUCGCAUAUGGUAUGUUAUUUCAGCUGGUAAUAUGAGCUACUUUCAUAAUUUCAGUUCCAAAAAGAUUUCCGACAGUUACUGAAAGCAUCGCUCAAAAUGUACAAUGGGACAGAGACCUUGGCCAUAAACGAUAAAAGCAAUACGGCUCAAAGUGAUGACUUAUUGGUGAAGUUGGCUUGGGACAAAUUUAUGAUUGAAGUAAGCAACUGAAAUUUCUAUUUUUAGGCUAAUUUGAUGGCAAAAUUUAUAUCGUAAUUUAUAUUAUACUCAUCAAUUUUUAGAAAAAAUGUUGCGGAGUUGACUCACGGCGCGGGGAUUUUGCUCAAAGUGGUUGGUAUCAGGUGACCGGCCGAUUACACGAAUUCCCUCCGGCAUGUUGUCCGCCAAGAGCCAAUGGCAAUCUUAUGCCAUAUUGCCCGACCAUUUCCAGAUACGGCGAGGUAAUUUCUCAUCAAUUUUCGAUGUUGUACUUGGCAAAUCAAAACCUUUUACCGCUUUUUAUAUCGUUCUUGUGGUUGUGUUCGUAUCUAUCCGUAAAAUUUAGGGCUGUUAUGGGAAGAUGCGAGAGUCGGUGAUGGAAUUGACGAACAGUUUCAAGAUCGUCAUGUGGACGGCGGGGAUCAUCUCCUUGAUUCAGAUAUUCGGGAUUUUUGUGGCCUUCUGUUUGUGUAAUGCCAUUUCCGUGGACGAAUAUUACUACUGAACGGUUUGCUUAGGGCUGUCUGGAGUUUAUGCGAUUCGAGGAGCAGCUGCGAUUUUCGUUGAUUUUGGGAAUGGUCGCGUUGAUCGGCACUGUGCAGGUGAGAUUUUUUAUAGGUAAAAAAUAAAUCCUAUGCAAAAAAUGUGGCUAAACCAACUAAUCCCCAGUUUUCAGUUGAUCUGUUUCGCCAUGGCAGUCCGUUUAUUCAUCCAUGUAAAGAAGGAGCUGCUCUACCUGUAUUAA